AUGAAGGACGGUGGGGACUCCAAGGACCAGCAACUCAUGGUGGCUCUCAGGGUUCGACCCAUCAGUGUGGCGGAGCUGGAGGAAGGAGCCACCCUCAUUGCCCACAAGGUGGAUGAGCAGAUGGUGGUUCUCAUGGACCCCUUGGAGGACCCCGACGACAUCCUGCGGGCGCACCGCUCCAGGGAGAAGUCUUACCUGUUCGACGUGGCCUUCGACUUCACCGCCACCCAGGAGAUGGUGUAUCAGGCCACCACCAAGAGCCUCAUCGAUGGCGUCAUUUCCGGCUACAAUGCCACAGUGUUUGCCUAUGGCCCUACAGGCUGUGGGAAAACCUACACGAUGCUGGGUACUGAUCACGAGCCUGGUAUCUAUGUCCGGACACUCAACGACCUCUUCCGUGCCAUUGAGGAAACCAGCAACGACAUGGAAUAUGAGGUGUCUAUGUCCUACUUAGAGAUCUAUAAUGAGAUGAUCCGGGACUUGCUGAACCCCUCCCUGGGGUACCUGGAGCUGAGGGAGGACUCCAAAGGUGUGAUCCAGGUGGCUGGAAUCACUGAGGUGUCCACCAUCAAUGCCAAAGAGAUCAUGCAGCUGCUGAUGAAGGGGAACCGGCAGAGGACCCAGGAGCCCACGGCCGCCAACCAGACGUCCUCCCGCUCCCACGCCGUGCUGCAGGUGGCCGUGCGCCAGCGCAGCCGUAUCAAGAACAUCCUGCAGGAAGUGAGACAGGGCCGGCUCUUCAUGAUUGACCUGGCGGGCUCCGAGCGAGCCUCCCAGACCCAGAACCGGGGACAGCGCAUGAAGGAGGGAGCUCACAUCAACCGCUCCCUGCUCGCGUUGGGCAACUGCAUCAAUGCGCUGAGCGACAAGGGCAGCAACAAGUACAUCAACUACCGCGACAGCAAGCUCACCCGGCUCCUGAAGGACUCCUUGGGGGGGAACAGCCGCACGGUGAUGAUUGCCCAUAUCAGCCCAGCCAGCACCGCCUUCGAGGAGUCUCGGAACACCCUGACCUAUGCUGGCCGGGCCAAGAACAUUAAGACCAGGGUGAAGCAGAACCUGUUCAACGUCUCCUACCACAUCGCCCAGUACACCAGCAUCAUCGCCGACCUGCGGGGUGAGAUCCAGAGGCUCAAGUGCAAGAUGGACCAGCAGGCGGGGCGGGGCCAGGCCCGAGGGCGGCUGGAGCGGCCUGACAGCCAGCAUGCUCGAGCCGAGGUUCAGCUGCACGGCCGGCAGGGAGAGCAGGCCGAGCUGGAGCAGGUCCGCGAGCAGCUCGUCAGCACCUUCCAAGAGCAGAUGGACCUGCGCCGGCGCCUGCUGGAGCUGGAGAACCAUGGCAUGGAGGUCCAGAUCGACACUUCCUGCCACCUGCUCACCAUUGCUGGCUGGGAGCAUGAGAAGUCACGCAGGGCCCUCAAGUGGCGGGAGGAGCGGAGGAAGGAGUCCUACUCGAAGGAUGACAGUGAGAAGGACUCGGACACAGGUGACGACCAGCCAGACACCCUGGAGCCGCCCGAGGUGGCCGCCGCCCGGGACAGCAUCGCCGCCCUGGUGGGGGAACAGAGGAAGCUGCGCAAGGAGAAGCUGGCCCUGGAGCAGCGCUGCCGGGAGCUGCGCGCGCGGGGCCGGCGCCUGGAGGAGACGCUGCCGCGGCGCCUGGGCUCGGAGGAGCAGCGCCAGGUGCUCGGCCUGCUGUGCCGCGUGCACGAGCUGGAGGUGGAGGUCACCGAGAUGCAGUCGCACGCGCUGCUCCGAGACGGCGCCUGGCGCCACCGCCGCGAAGCCGUGCGCCGCCUGGAGCAGCACCGGAGCCUCUGCGAGGAGAUCAUCCAGGGCCAGCGGCAGAUCAUCGAGGACUACAACCUGGCGGUACCCCCGCACCUGGAGGCCCUCUAUGAAGUGUACCUGCGCGAGCUGGAGGACGGCAGCCUCGAGCGGGCCGCCAUCGUGGACCGCGUGGCCUCCAGGGCCCUGCAGGACAGUUCUUUGCCCAAAAUUACCCCAGCAGGAGCUACACUGACCCCAGACUCUGAUCUGGAGAGCGUAAAGACAAUAAGCUCCGAAGCCCAGCGCCCACAGAACAGCACCCUCCCACCUCUCUGCACGGACAGUGAAGCCCACCACAUAUUCAAGGCCAAUUCUCGAGCCUGGCAGGUGAAAGGCUAUUCUGUGCCCACCCCACCACCCAUCCAGAUUGGCAGCCUAGUGGCCCAGGAGCCCCCUCUGGACAGCCUGGGCAGCCGGAUCAACUCUUCUCCAGAUAGCAGCGAGAAUCUGUCGGAGAUUCCCUUAUCCCACAAAGAGAGGAAAGAGAUCCUGUCCAACACCAAGUGCAUCUCAGUGAAGGCUGCCGGCCGUCGCUCGCGGGCCCUGGGCGUAGAAGGGCGCCACCUGCUGGCACCUGCCACAGAGUGCAGCAGCCUGUCCCUGCACUCUCUGAGCGAGGCUGAUGAUGCCCGGCCACCAGGCCCACAAGCCUGCAAACGACCCCCCAGCCCCACGCUUCAGCAUGCUGCCAGCGAGGACAACCUGUCCAGCAGCACAGGAGAGGCCCCUUCCAGGGCCAGAGGGCAUCGAGGUGAAGGCCCUGGGCCCUGGCUGCGAGGCCAGAAGAAAAACCCGGGCAAGAAAAGGGAGGAGUCACUGGAGGCCAAAAGGAGGAAGCGGAGGUCCCUGUCUUUUGAGGUCACAGGCCAUGGGCUCUCUCGCUCCAAGACGCAUCUCCUCAGGGCCCGUCCCUUGGAGGACAUCUUAGACCACAAGAUGCCAGUGUGUGGGCACCCAGCCCCUGGUAUCAGGCAUCUGGGAAAAGUCACCAUGCCUUUGGCCCAAGUCAAACUCUCUCCAAGCCAGAACCCAGGAUCUGGGGAUGCUUCCUCCCUUGCUGGUCCCCCCAACCCAGCUGGCAUUUCCCGGAGAGGAGCCGCUCGCGGGCCCAGCCUGCCCCAUGGCUCAAGAAAAGAUGGACACUUCCGGCAUAACUGA